AUGUCCGCAUCCGCAUCACUUCAUUCCAAAUGCCGUAACGCUGCCUAUCCGCGUGCGGAUGGUGUACAACGUGCGGUCGUGCCGGACGAUCGGGUUGACUGGCGUGUGCGCUGGGAUGAUUAUAAACCAAUCAGUUAUACACAUUCAAAAGUGCAUGGAAAAGUUUGGGCCGAUCCAGAUAUUGAACACGAAAAAGGCAUUGUUUUAAAAUUCAAUCAACUUGACGGAAAAGUGGAUCGAACCAGUUUUACGGGCGUCUAUCAACUGAACGAACGCGGUCUCCCCCUGAAUCCCCGCGGUCGUACAGGUAUCACCGGUCGAGGAGCUUUGGGGCGAUGGGGUCCAAAUCAUGCAGCCGAUCCGAUCUUUACUCACCAUUUGGUCGCAAGUGUGUCCCAUUAUCCUGGGUUGAAUCAUGAAUUGUUCUGUUCUUGGAGGGGGAACGCAGUACCACUGCAGGAUAAAUUCCGGUUCAAUCAUCACGAAGGUUUCAGCUUCUGGGAUACUGAGCCGCCUGAUGCCCUUAAGAGACGAAUAUUCGCUAACAAAAAUCAGAAUGGCCGCCAGGUAGCGGUUGUUUCGGUCACGUUGCGUCAAGUCCUCAAGUUACGCCACACGCAUUGUCGUGCAACGAUCGUAGAAUUCCUUGCCCUAAAUGAAGCUUUCGAUUCACUUGAUCGCGAAGCCCUAGUGGGUUGA